AUGGCUCAAGCGUUCAUUACCACAGCGAAAAAUACUUUUAGAUGGAAUGUACAAGAAAAAACAAAACCAAAAAGAUUUGGGAGGAAAAAUAACAGUAAGAAUAUAAAUUCAAAUCUUAUUUUAAAUGGAAAUCGAUCGUAUUUGCUUUCCCAAUAUGUCGCAAUUUCUUCUGCAAAGCCGUAUCUUCCGUUACAGGAACAUUUCGAAGAAAUUGAAAAAGCAGUCAAAGAACUCCAAGUGAAACGAAUGUCUUCGACUACUUAUAGAACAGAUUAUUGCAAAGAUUGGAAAAAAGUUAUAGAUUCAGAGAGUAAAGAAGAUAUUGUUGAAAAUGAGUUAGCAAAAAAUUUUGAACAAUUGUACGGAGAAAAAAAAACUCGCAAAAUUUUACCGACUAUCGAAAGUCAAAGAAUAUUGGGAUUUUUGGCAUCUUCAAGAAUGUACACGCCAAUUACCACUUAUCAAAACGAUUAUGGUAGACUAGGUUAUGAACGUCUUCCCAAAAUUGUAACUAAAAUAUAAUUAAAUAGAUGAAUCAAAUAUUUUUAAAUAAACGUCACUUUUUGAGCACACUGUAUGUUACUUUACAACAAUUCUAUAAUAUAUUAUGCUAAAGAAACCAGA